AUGACGCCGGCACCCGCGCUGCCCGCUGCCGACGUGUGCGCUGUCUGUUUGGCCAUCCCCGAGCAAAGAGGGAGGUUAGACUCGUGCUGUCAUCUCUUCUGCGUCCCGUGCAUCGUGCGCUGGGCUUCGAUUGAGACGAAAUGUCCCCUGUGCAAGGAAAGGUUCACAAAGAUGACGCCCGAGGACGCGUCGACGAGCGCGCGCGCGGGGCCGGUGAUGGAGUUUCGAGAGACGAAUCAAGGCGACGAACGCCCGGACGAGGCGGAGGAAGAAUCGGAGGACGAGGCGGAGCGGUACUUUUGCGACGUGUGCCGACGCGGCGACGACGAGGCGUCGCUGUUGCUGUGCGACGCGUGCGACAUCGGGGCGCACACGUUUUGCGUCGGACUCGAGUCCGUGCCGCGUGGAAGAUGGUUUUGCGAACUAUGCCGAGGAAUGGAGGGAGAGUUCGCGGGAGCGCGCGAUGGUGGGUCGAGUCGACGCCGACGACGAGCCGAGGCGGAGUCGCGCGCUCGGGACAUUUUGUUACGGUCGGAUGGCGGCGUCGAAGCCGUGCGGACGAGAGAGCGCAGGGCGGAUCGCGCGCGUCGCGCGGUGAGAGCGCGUCAACGUGGGGAAAUACGUCGACGCGGGGGCGGCGGCGAGCGAUCGGUGAUGCGCAGUCGCUCGGGCGGCGGCGACGACGCUCGAGUUGAGCAGAUUUCGAGAGUUCACGUACUGAGAGAAGCCUGGGAAAUGUUACAAAGCGGGGAAGUCGAGUUUCCGGGCUGGACGCGGAUACAAAACACACCUUCGUCGCCUCGCUCGUCGGUGCCGUCGGCACCGCGUCGGGUAGGAUCGAACACGGAUGAAGACGGACCGAAGGACGUCGUGGACGAAGCGUGGGACGUUCUUGAAAAGGCGAUGCACGCAGACGACAAGAAAAAGAAGCGGGCGUCAACAUCGGACAAAGCAUCAAACGCAGUCGCUAGCACCAGUGCACCGAAACUCAAACGUCCAUCCAUUCGAAGCGAGCCUCCCGGUUGGAGCAUGUCGGCUACGGCGUGGAAACCGCGCGAGGAGACGGCGCGAGCGACGCCCGUUCCGCAACGGGCCGCACCGUCGCACUCUCACACCUCUCGGCCACUGCCCGCCGCAUCAUCACCGGAUAAAUCACUCAAAUUCGCCAUCGCCGAUCGCGUCAAAGCCGUCUUGCGUCCGCUCUACGCCGCCGGAGACGUCACGAAGGAUGAAUAUCGGCGUAUUUGCAAAUGCGCCACGAGCGAAGCUCUCGCUUCGAACGCCACCGACGAUGCGUCCAUAGCACACAUAGUCCAUCGCUUACGCAAGCGGUGA